GGUUCGUGGUCGAAUCAGGCUGUUUUAACGGAAAACCCUCAGGCCAUGUUGCAAUGGGAUGAAUUAGCUGAAGCCCCUGACAGCACUUGUGCUCAGGCUAUUCAUUCAAGGCCACAAGCAGACAUUUCAAACUGGGGUCCUGGAAUAUCCGCUGGAGAGCGCCGAGAUGAGAAAGAUGGACAUGGAACUGCGUCAAUGGGAAAGUAUUUGCAGAUAGGAGUAGCAAGGACCCCAGAUUUACAGCUUAGUGGAGAGAAUGGGUCAAAAGACUUGAAUAAGUUAUUGAUUGGAAAGCUAGAGGAGCUUAACACAGCUGAGUUAAAGGGCAAGGAUAAUACUGACAUUGAUGUUCCCACCGGUCCAUCCAUGGAAAUAGGCACGACAAAGGAUAUGCCUUCACUUGAACUUAGUUUGAAGCAACACAGAGAAGUUGUAGAUGCUGGAGCCGCGCUGCAAGAACACAAUGCGCUGAGGCACUCGGACCAAUCUGCAUUCUCAAGGUAUGGUGGUGGUACUACUACUACAUCAACAUCUGCUAACCCUCAGACAACUGCUGGAAAUGUCGGAAGCUGCUCUCCUGUUAAUGAUGAUGAUGAUGAUAAUAAUUAUAAUAAUAAUAGCUCUGUAGGAGCAAAAGCAGGAUCAAUGAAUAACUUAAUGCGUUCUAGUGGUGGUAGUAACAACAUUGAUAUUGGCUCAUCAACUGGUAAAAGUUUAGCCCAGCCAUCAAAGAUCCCUUUUGGAAAAGUUGACUCAGUAGCACAUGCAGCAUUGGUACAGUCAAGGGUGUUGAUGCAACAGCAACAGGUUCAAGUUCAGCACCACUACCAUCAUUACCAUCACCAUCAUCACCAUGUGCACAGUCAGCAACAGAAUGACUCUUUGGCUGUUAGAGAAAAUGGUGUGGAUGCUCCAAACCACAUGCUAGGGGAUGAAGAAAACUACACAAGUGCAUCUGGGAGUAACAAUGGAAGCAAUGGGCAGAACGAGAGCAACGCAGGUGUAGUUGGUGAUGAAACUAACAACAACAUGGAUUCUGAAGAUGAUGAGAU